GUUGCAUUUUGAACUGGUCCGUCAGACGCCAUUUUCCUACAACUGUGCAGCGGCGAUAGAUGAUUCGCUGCGUCCUGUUGGGAUGGCAGGAAGGAAGUCGGCACUGCUUGACAUAGUUUUCUUUCCUCAAGGCCCCCCAAAAAAGAGAAACAUCAUCGGUACUCGGCCCCGAGGUACCCGCUUUCCGCUGCUUGCAGAUGUGGUGGUGAACUUGGUAUUACCUAGUGCACAAGCAACGACGUGACGUUGGCAGUAGUGGGCUGGUCAAGAUCGCGUUGACCCAUAUGUGGAGCAGCCCAUUCGGAGCAUGCCCACCUGUCGGCGACCGGAUAUCUGGCCUUACCUCGACCUUUCAAAGAGAUGGGUGCCUUGUUUAUUCUUUUCUUUUUUCCCCCCUCCCUCACGAAGGCGACUACUGCAGUGGCGGGACGCCGCCAGACAAGUCGACUAUCGUCGGCAUAUUGUCAGAGGCUGAGAGAACCGAGAUAGAGGCAGAUUUGUGCGCUGUUUUACUGUGCCGGGCAUGCAGCCACAUCCCUGACAGGUGUUUUGUUCUGCAGCAGACGCAGACGCCAAGACCAGUUCCCGAGCCAAAGAAGGGUGUCAGGGUACCUACCGCCCAUUACGCCGUACACCAUCCUACGCCCAGCGAGCAAGUGUGUGUGUGUAUGUGUCCUUGGUGCAUCCCAGGAGCAGGGGCUGAUCCUCACAAGGUGCAGUGCAGCUGGCAGCAUCGUGCCCUACCCUGCCCUACCCUGUUCCGUUCAGGUACCCAACCAUUGAGCAUGUCGUAUGUAUAACGCAGAGUAACGAUACCCCAUUGAUUUGCGUCUUGCGGUCGUGACGCUUGCAAGGUUGGCCAUCGUCUCAUCAUUUUUCGACAAAGCCAGGGUUGACGACUA